AUGAAUUUCACCCGCCUGACUGCGUCUUCGCCCACUGUCCGUGUCCGUGGCUUCCGUCCGGUAUUCUCAGGCCAGAAACGAUUCGCUACCACCGACGUUGGGAAUAAAGGGGGUCCUACUCGUCUAUUGUUAGUUGCGAUCGCACUAGGAGUUCCGGCAUCGUUCUAUCUUUCACAACGAGGGGCUAUCAAACCGACAAGUCCACAGGGAAACGUCGAAGCAAGCCAGCCAAAUACCUCUAAUAAUGACAAGCCUCGAGCAAUGGGACCGCCCAGCGGACCAAAUAGCAUGUCUGCCAAACAACAGGGUCUUUCGAAUGCGGAUACGAUGAAUCCCUAUGUCAAUGAGCCGGGGAAGAGUGAGAAGGGGGAGGGGGAGACUGAGACGGCCAAGUUGAAGGGGACGGUGAGGGUUGAUCGGCCGCAGGUGUGA